UAGAAGUACAGUAAUUGACAAAAAUAAAGUCUCUAAAGGUUAAACCAUAUUAACCAUUUUUCAUUCUAUUUUGACGUUUGUUCCAUGUGGUUUACACAUGUAAAAGUGCAAAAUGGUUUUAGAUAGUGCUGAAAAACAAGUGGAACACUUGGUUGUAGAUACUACAGCCUUCAUCCAAAAUGCACCCUUACAAGAUGUCGCUAAAAAAAUGUACACAGUGGAAGAAGUUGUCAGUGAAAUUACAAACAAAAGACAGCUUCGAAGACUAUGUGUGCUACCUUAUGAAUUAGAAGUCAAGAAUGUGUAUCCAGAGAAUAUAAGAGUUGUUGCUGACUUUGCAAAGAAGACUGGUGAUUUCCAAUGUCUGUCUGGUACAGACAUUAAAGUAAUUGCUCUUGCAUAUCAAAUGGAGAAAGAAUUGGUAGGGACAGACCACUUGAGGCAAGAGCCAAUCCAUCAGAGAACAAUUAAAAUAACAACAACCAAACAGAAAAUUGAUCUAAAAGAGGAUAUUGCUGGAUUUUAUGUUCCUGGACAAGAAAACAAAAUACUAUCUGCAGAAAAUCCGAAGGAAGUAACCAAUGAAGUUCUAGAUGAAGUGAAAAAUUCAGAAACAGGAACAGUUGAUGAAGAACUGAAAGAAAAAUUUAAAACUUUAAAUUGCAACGAUUUGGAAGUGAAUGACAAUGAUAAUAUUUUGCAAGUUGUUGAAAGUAAGGAUGAAUAUGAGUCUGAAGAAGAUGAAAGCAAAUCAGAUGAAGAAGAAAAUGAAUCAGAUGAUGAUGAUUCUUGGAUAACUCCUUCUAAUGUACAGAUGGCUAAAAAGUCGAUUCGGUCAGAGUUUAUGGACGAAAAACAUGUAAAGGUCGCUUGUAUGACAACGGAUUUUGCUAUGCAAAAUGUGCUGAGACAAAUGAAUCUGAAUGUUUCAGCUUUAGAUGGCAGAAUGAUUAAACAACUUAAAACGUACAUCCUGCGUUGUUACACGUGCUUUAAUACGACGAGCAUCAUGACGAAAAAGUUUUGUCCAAAGUGCGGUAAUAACACUUUAAAGAGGGUUUCUUGUUCUGUGGAUGAGAACGGCAAACAGCAAAUUCAUAUUAACGCACGCAGACCGCUGACUUGCAAAGGAAAGAAGUACAGCAUGCCUACGAUAAAAGGUGGCAAACACUCAAGAAAUCCUAAAGUCGCUGAAGAUCAACCUAUGCCGGAUCAAAGACCGACAAGAUUGGCAAAGAUGAAAACGAAUGCGAUGGAUGAUGAUUACACGGCUGGCUUUUCUCCGUUCGUUAUGAAGGAUGUUAAUUCGAAAAGUGCACAACUCAGAAUUAGACCUGGACAAGAAGCCAAACAGUGGUUGGGCGGCAACAGAGGACGGCCACGAAAUUAACAUUUUUUUAUUAUGUUUAUUCCAGAAAUAUGUUUAUUUAAGAUAUUUUUAAAUAAGAAAUUAUUAUAAUAUUCAAUUAGUUUGUCUCAUUUACAAUUCUCGUACACAUAAUAUUUA